GGACACGAAGGAUAAACGGGCGAUAAGAGAAUGGCCGAUAAGAGCUCCACCCAGUCAUAGAAAAGAUGUAAAUCCCGCAGCGGAAAGAAAUCGUUACAUUUUUUUAUUUUCCACUCGCAUUACAUUCACCGCUCCCCCGCCCGCGCCCUCCAGGACCAGUUGCCGCAAGAUGGACCACAACGAGAUCUCCAUGAGCAUGGACGUCAAGCUGGAUACACACGACAAGCGUCCAGUGGCGCUCCGCUACAAGACGUGGACCCGCUGCCAGGUGAAAAUAGAGGCCAUCAAGUGUGUGCCCUGCUUCCUGCGGCUCAGCUUCCAGGCCCAGGAGACGGAGGGUCAGGAGUUCCAUCCCGCCAAGCCCAUUAGUGUCUCUGUGAACGUUCCUGGUGUCAGCCUCAGCCUGGCUACAUCGCGCACCAAGCAGCACUCCUACGGACUGUUCUGGACGCAGAACCGACGCGACUGCUUCAUAUACUUUGCCCUGGAGACGGAGACUUCCUGCCGGCGCCACAUGAAGUGGAUGCGGAAGUCGAUAAAGAACCUGGAACUGUACCGACAGGUCUUCCUCGAGCAGCGUCGCCUGAGCAGGGGCCCCGGCGCUCUUGGCCCGCUGCCCAAUCUGCCAGACACCCUGGACGCAAGCGCUCUCUCGCCGCGCGUCUCGCAGAUCUACGAGGAGAUCUUCGACGGCAGCCGCAUCUCGCGCGUCUCCAUCGCAUCGGGCAUCUAUGAGGAAAUGAAGCCAUCGGUCAUGAAGAUCCCGUCACCGCCGCCACUACCCGCACAUCCUCACCGCCAGCGCAUUAACACUUUUGAGUGCGCCCAGCUGGGCGAGAUUCCGCGGUCCAGCACCAAUCCCGAGUCGGAGCUGGCCAAGAAAAAGAAGUACAAGAACAUGCUGGACAGCCUGUUCGGUGUACAGCGCCAAAAGCGUUCCGGCAGCAUCAGCGAACUGGUCCACGAGCCCUCAAACCAGGAGGAGGUCCUGCCGCUCUACGAGAACGCUCCCACCCCGGAGCCAGUGCUCCCGGUUAAGCGCACAUCCCAAUUAAGCAAGUCCCAGCGCAACAGCUUCUCGAGUCCGGACCUCUCCAAGCUGAAUUUCCUGGACACCUUCGGAGAAUAUUUCGGAGAACAGAACCACGAGUCGAGCCUGGAACUGAACAUCAGUCUGGACGAGUCGGCCAUUGAGCCGAUAUCGCGAAAUCAGCUUGUGGCGCAGAUCACCAGCAAACUGACCACGGCCGACUCCCUGGAAAGCCUUAACGUAUCCGAGCAACUGCCGUACAAUUUCAACUUUUCCGCUUGCAACACGUCCACCAUCAAUCUCAUCGGAUCGCACGGAGCUGUUCCGCAGAGUAAUCUACUGAAGAAAAAUAAGAUCGUGGAGGAGGACCUCACGGGAUACUGCGUGAUGGCGCCCAUUUUAAAGGCGACGGUGAAGGAGCUGCCACCGCAGCCAGCCGGCAGUACGGUCUCCACCUCCUCCGGUUAUUCCACUGGAUCCUACUGCUCCUCCACCAGCAGCUGCAACACGGAGGAUCAGCCCACCAAGACCCAGGUGCCCGACGAGAGUGCCAUUUACGAAGCCAUGCAUGGUAGUUCGUUGAACAGUACUGUCGGGGCGGCUGCAGCUGGAUUUGCAGAGCAUCUUUACGAGAACCUGUUGGCAGUCAAGGCCGCACAAGAGCUGGAGGCACAGCCGCUUGGCUUUGGACUAAGCACCAGCACACCCACCGAAUCUCCCCUGGCGCCUCCUUUGCCGCAAAAGGGAACGCCCAAACAGAAUACAUUCCAGCAGAAGCCAGAGGAGGAGAACUUCUACCAAACACCGAGGAAGUCGAUCAUCAGUGUGGACGAGAAGAUUCCCUCAUACUAUCCCAACAGCUGUGACACCCUGAAGUCAAAGCGACGCAGUCCCGCCGAUCAUGGACCCAGUCUUAGGCACUUGGUCAGUUCCAAGUUGCGUCGCGAGCGAAAGGAGAACCUCUACAUUUCAUCGCCCCAACAGAUCAUUGAACAGCGCCACAAGGCGGACACCAUCUCAACAUCAACAUCAUCAGUUAAGACUAAAAUCUCAAACAAGAAGACUGCCGCCCACAAAAUCUCUGAGAGCGUUUAUGCCGUCACACAUCCUGUGAAGCGGCCGAAUAGCACCAAUAGUAACAACACCCACCAAAACAACAACAAUAAUAAUGAAGGCGUGGAUGAUGAGCUACUACACCUCACCAUGCUGAAGAACAUAGACUUCAAGUUCGAUGACGGACAAGUGGCCGACGAUUCUGGACAGGCGAAAGCGAUGGUGCUUGCGCAGCCCAAGAUGGAGAAGAAGGAGGAUCACUUUCAGGCGGCGGAGCAGGCCGCUCGUCUCCUGCAGAAGUACGCCACGCUGGCCAAAAUCGGUCAUUCGCCGAGUAAAGCCAAGACCCAGGCAGAAACCCCACCGGAGCCCAUGGUGCAGUCGGUGGCCCCGAGCAACGAGCUGCAACCCGCGGGAGGCGGCAUGAGGAAGUUUGCCUCGCUGCCUCGCUUCAAGAAAAUUGACUUUUCUCCGCUGAAGAUGAGGCUCAACAAUGUCCUGCAGAGAAAUCCGCCGUCGCCGCAGCAGUAGCGGGGAUCUCUCCGCUUUCCGUAUCAAUGUCUAACACUUCGCUGUGGAAACACACUGCUUUUUUGAAUUUUGCUUUUUAUGUUGUAGGUUCUUGUGAUUGUGAUCUGCCCACCAAUCUUGUGUUAAUUGGUCAAGUUGAUGUCAUCAGCUCAUUAUUAUGUUAUCCGAGUAUGUAAUACGCUUUCCCACGAUGCAUUUAGUCUUAAGCCUUAUAGGUUGAUCUUGCUUUGUCAGAGGUAUUUUAACGAAUCAUAUCCGGCUCCACUUGAGGAGUCCACUAGUAUUACUGUUGUGAACUUACGAUGAAUGUCUAAGAUUUAUACAUAUGAAUAUGCUCAAUUAUGGAAAUUUACAAAACGCUUUUAUACGAAUUAAAGGAAAACCAUAUUGUUGAAUUAUUUAGGCGCCUCGUUGUUAAAAAGAAACUAAAUUUAGCUAAACAAGUUCUAAUUUUACACAAUUAUAUUAUAUACCAAAAUGAGCUGGCGUCGUUACCGGUAUUUCGGGACGGCGUGAGCUUAGAACUACGCUUUUUGGCUUCGCAUAACAUAUCAGAAAUUAGUUAAUCCAACGAUAAAGUGCUUAGACAUAGCAUAACCAAAGCUCAAUUGUACCGUGACUAAACGUAAGCUUACAAAUAAAUCAAGCCGCAAAAUAAAUAAACUUUACAGCCA